UAGAUAUCCCCGGUUAAUUUUCCCGCGCAAUAAAAGUACUAUCUUUUAUAACUUUCUGCAGUAUAGCAGACUGAAAGCUAGGGUUCCGUCGUGGAUUCAGAGCAGCAAAUCGAUCGACAUGGAUGCUCAUGCCACUCAGCAUAUCGGCCAGCUCCUCAAUCAGACUCUCAGUCCCGACGGCGAUGUCGUGCGAAGCGCUUCCGAUGCCCUUGACCGCCUUUCUCUCCUCCCAACUUUUUCCUUCUCCCUCCUCUCCAUUUGUACUGAAGGUGAUGAUCCGGGUCAAAGGAUUGCAGCUGCGACAUAUCUUAAGAAUUUCACCAGACGAAGAAUUGAUAUGAACGAUCCAAACAAAAAAUUAAGUAAAGAGUUUAGAAAUGCACUUGUGCUUGCAUUACUCCAAGCAGAGCCAUCUGUUCUGAAAGUCUUGGUGGAAGCGUUCCGGAUCACUGUAAUGACUGAGUUUGUGAAGGAUAAUUCGUGGCCUGAGCUUGUGCCUCAACUACGUUCUGUUAUUGAAAAUAGUGAUUUAAUUAGCACAAAUGGCAGUUGUGAAUGGAGGACCAUCAAUGCCCUUGUAGUUCUCCAGGCAUUGCUUAGACCAUUCCAGUAUUUCUUGAAUCCAAAAGUUGCAAAGGAAUCUGUUCCUCCCCAACUGGAGUUGAUCACAAAAGAAAUUGUUCAGCCUUUGCUUGUCAUGUUUCAUCAGCUAGCUCAAAAGGUUAUAGCUGUCAGUACAAAUGGCAAAGUAGAUGAGAAAACGGAAAAGUUCCUUUUGAUAAUGUGCAAGUGUAUAUACUUUUCUGUCCGAUCGCAUAUGCCGUCUUCUUUGGCUCCUGUCAUUGCCUCACUCUGCCAUGAUUUUUUUGGGAUUUUGGGUUCCCUAAAAUUUGAUCCCACUACUAGUUUGGAAGCUGGAUAUCUGCUGAGACUGAAGUCUGGGAAGAGAAUUUUGCUUAUAAUAUGUGCUCUAGUCACUCGUCAUAGAAAGCUAUCUGAUAGAUUGCUUUCUGGCAUCAUUGAUUCUGUAUCAAGAAUAGUCAAAUACAGCCCUAUUGUCAGUGAGCUGAAUUUUUUAUCAGAGAGGAUUAUUUCUUUAGCUUUUGAUGUUAUUGCACACGUCCUAGAGACUGGCCCAGGAUGGAGAUUACUUUCAUCUCAGUUUUCAUCCAUGCUGGAUUCUUCAAUCUUCCCAGCAUUGGUAAUGAAUCAGAAGGAUAUCUCAGAAUGGGAAGAGGAUCCAGAGGAGUAUAUACGGAAGAAUCUACCAUCUGAAACUGAAGACACAUCUGGAUGGAGAGAGGACUUGUUCACGGCCAGAAAAAGUGCAUUGAACUUACUUGGUGUCAUUGCCAUGUCAAAAGGACCUCCAUUAGCAACUUCUAGUGUGAAUGCACUUUCCUCGAAGAGGAAGAAAGGUGAAAGAAACAAACAAAAGGAUCGUAGUUCAAUGGGUGAACUUUUGGUGCUUCCAUACUUGUCAAAGUUCCCAAUUCCAGCACAUGCCAACAACAGAUCUGUGAACAAUUAUUAUGCUGUUCUUUUGUCUUAUGGAAGUCUCCAAGAUUUCUUGAGUGAGAAGAAAGAUGACUACAUUGCAGCUCUUGUUCAUAAGCGAGUGCUACCACUAUAUAGUCAUCAUACUGUACCGUAUCUUAUUGCCUCUGCCAACUGGGUACUUGGAGAGCUUGCUUCAUGUCUCCCUGAAGAGAUCAGUACGGAUGUUUAUUCAUCCUUGCUUACAGCAUUGAACAUGCCUGAUACGGAGGAUGUUUCUUGCUAUCCAGUGCGGGCUUCAGCUGCUUAUGCAAUUGGUGCACUUGUAGAAAAUGACUACCUUCCUCCUGAUUGUCUACCACUUCUCCAAGUUGUGGUGGGCAGGAUAGCUGUUGAAUCGGAUGAAUCUUCUAUUUUAUUUCAGCUCCUUAGUUCUUUGGCUGAGACUGGAAAUAAGCAAAUUGUGGGUCAUAUGCCAUUUGUUAUUUCAUCAUUGAGUGGUACAAUCUCAAAGUGCAUAAAACAAAGUCCCGAGCCAUGGCCUCAAGUUGUUGAACGAGGCUUUUCAGCAUUAGCAGCUAUGGCUCAGUGUUGGAAUGAGUCUUUGCCUGAAGAAGGUGAACAAAGCAAAGAGCAUGAGGUUUGGUCUUUUGGUCAAGCUACAAUAGCUAAAGCCUUCUCAAUUUUGUUACAAGAAGCUUGGCUCAGACCCAUGAUGGACUUGGGAUAUGAUGUUGCUCCAUUGCUGCCUCCAUCAUGCAUAGAUGAUUCAUCUGCGAUGCUCAAGUUCAUAGCUGAAUCUAUUGUUGACUGCAAUCAAGUACAAGUGCUUAAUAUACCAGAUCUAUUGCUUGUUUGGUCUGAUCUAAUUUCAAACUGGCAUGCCUGGGAAGAAGCUGAGGACUUGUCUAUAUUCAAAUGCAUUAAAGAAACAGUUUUUCUGAACCAAAGAUUUACAUUGAGAAACUUCAUCACAAGAGACAUGCCAACUCCUCCAGCACCACCUGUCCCACAACAUUCUAUUGUAGAAGGCAUUGGUGCUUUCAUUUGUGAGGCAAUUUCCCAGUACCCUUCUGCACUUCGGAGGGCUUCUUCAUGCAUUCAUAUGCUAUUGCAUAUUCCUUGCUACCCUCUCGAAGCUGAAGAUGUCAAGAAAUCAUUGGUGGAGUCAUUCUGCAAUGCUUUGGUUUCUCGAUUUAGAGACACUGGGAACGAGCCUUGUUAUCUAUGGAAACCUUUACUGCUUGCUAUAUCAUCGUGUUAUUUGUGCUACCCUGAAAUUGUUGAGAAAAUAAUGAAGAAAAAUGAGAAUGGUGGUUUGGUGGUCUGGUCAUCUGCUCUCUGUUUACUUGCUACCAGCAGCACUUCGGAAUUUUCUCUAUCGUUGAGUUCAGAGAUCAAGCUCAGUGUGAUGGCGUUAACUAAGAUGGUUGAGCGGCUGGUGAUGCAAGAAGAAAAUAAAGGCGAUGGUCUGUUACAUAAAUGCUUUACUUCUCUGUUGGAGGCAUUAGUGCGUAUGAAACAAGUUGAGGAAGGAGAGGAAGAAGAUGAUGAAGAAGAGGAGGCUGAUAGUGAUGAAGAUGGUGAAGAUAGUGAGGAUGAAGAUGAUGAGGACUCGGAAGAGGAAGAAGUGGAGGAAACGGAAGAGCAGUUCUUGGAACGGUAUGCAAAAGCAGCUACUGAUUUGGAAAACGGAACUCUACUGGAAGAAGGUGACGAUGAAGAUGAUGAAGAAGAGCUUGAAUUGGAUUUUCUGGAGGAGUUCGAUCCUUAUGAUAUCGUAUCAUCAUUGGUCAAGAGAUUUGAAGGAGUUCUUGUCAAGGGAAAUCAUCAUCAACUGUCAAAUGAACUGGUCGACAAUAUUUUGAACGUCUUUCCUGAAUGGGCUGUAUAUUUUCAGCAAUCAACGUCGAUGGCGAUGGAAAGGUAAUGAUUAGCAUAUUUAUUUGUUUGUAAUAUUUCAAAUCUUUUUCAAAAAAAACAUGUUAUAGUAUAGUCAAUUACUUGAUUGUGAGUUAAUUUCCUUUUUCCUAUUUGUGUUGUUCAUUUUAAUCAAACUUUACAAAUCCUGUA